AUGGUCGACAGCCUGACCUUGGCCGCCCGCUGCGCCGCGCUGCAAGCCUCCGUGGCGGUGCUGGACGAGACGCCGUCGGAUGCGCUCUGCAAGCUCAUAGACGAGCUGUCUGCGAUUGCGUCGGACGUUGCGACCAAGGAAGAAGCAUUGCGGGUGCACGAAGCGGCCCUGCAAGAGCGAGAAGCGCGCAUCGACACCAAGCUCGAGCUGCUGGCGGAGCUAAAGGCUGAGAACCAUCGACGCCAGCCAGACGCAGAUGAUUCCAUCGAUCAUCUUCCUACGCCAGCCAAGACGAUCACACUCAACGUCGGUGGCACGCUCUUUACGACCGCGCGCGAGACGCUGCUGCGCAUACCUGGCGAGUACUUUCUGGACCUGGAUCCAAGCACGUUCCCACGCAUCAUGAAGCUCCUCCGAACGGGCUUCUUGCCGAUGGACGGACUCUCCGAGGCGGACGAGGCCGAGCUCCGAGAGAUGCUCGACUACCUUCAGAUUGAGUGUCCUCAACCGACGCCGUCGGCGCCCCCACUGCGCGAACGCGACACGAUUGUGCGCCAGACGACCACCGGCUGGAGCAACGUGCUUGCGACAACUCGCGAGAGGUCGUUUGCCGUUCGCGUCCGGCUCGGCGCCAAGAUCGAAGUCGGCUUCACAACGCUCAAGUCGUUUUCACCCCAGAUCCACCGCUACACCAGCGCAGCGCGCGGGUAUUUCUUCAACUGCGAGACCUACGACGUCUACUCGCAACUCACGAAACGCGUACCGAGCGGCCUCGAUCCAAGCACCCCGGCUGGCAGUGUCGUCCUUCUUGUGCGUCACGACCGCGACCGAUCCUGUAUCCAGUUUCGCAUCAACGGCACAGCGCUCGCCAUGAUGCUGCGGGUCGAGGCAGGCGACGACGGUGCGUUGUUCCCGAUUGCCCGUAUUUCCAGCACCGGCGCCGAAGUCGAGCUCUUGCCGUUUGAAGACCCAUUACGCGGCAAGGCUGUUGACGACGCGUCAGGCCACUUGCGGACGAGUCUCGUCGCGGACUGCACCGCGCCGCCGCUUCGCAUCGACGGCAUCGAUGGCGUCGUCACGUGGCCGCUCUCACCGGCGCAUGCGGCGGCACUCGCGGCACUGGACGUGAAUCGCGGCAUGGUGCUACCAACGGCCUUCUCUUUUGCGCAGCCCGAGCAGUGGCGCCAAGCCGUCAAAAACGUGCUGCGUGGACAAGUGGCGCAGGUGAUCAUAGACGCCGACCUCGUCCUCUCGCAUCUCGUCGUCGACUCUGUCGGCAGCAGCGCUGCACUCAUGCCGAACGAGAUGCCACCCGACUCAUUUGGCUAUAUGAUCUUACACUUGCCCUCGUCGUACGAUGGCGGCGACAUGGCGUUCACCUACAGCUACGCGACCGAAAAGUGGACGCCAGACACGACCGGCAUGGCCAUGGUCACGACCUUCCGAGAUUUGGUUGCUGCGUCUGCGCCCAUCACACACGGCGUGCGCAUGGCGCUCGUCUUCCGACUCGUGGGGCAAGACGAAGAUGAGGAUAUGUGUCCUAUGCCGUACAACCAAGAGGACGGCAUUGACGCCUUCCACCAAGUCGCGCAGCGGCCCCUUCACACGCACCACCGCAUUGCGUACUACGAUGUGGACGACCCUCCGUGUGCGUUGGAUACGCCUUGGACGUUUGAGACCCUCGGCACAUACGAAGCGGGUUUGGUGCACGCGCUCUUGACCACCGAGCUGUUCGACGUUGCACUUGUCACAUUUGCACUCGAGUCGGACGACGAUGUUGCGUUCGAGAAGCAGCUGAGACGUAGCCACUACGUCGAGUACAGCGACGAUGACGACGACGACGACGACGAUGCGUACGAGCGCAAGUUCAAGAACCAAGUCGCCACGUGUACGCCGCACGUCGCGUGCAACGUUCCCGCCGAAGUCGUUGCGAAGGUCGUGGGCAGCGGCGUCGAUGCGUUUCUGUUUGACAACACACCGAUCGACCACCACUCGUUCGAGGCCCCUCCAUUCGCGCUCGUCUUUUGGCUCAAGCGGUAUCGCGCAUGCAUCCUCGGUCUCGACGUCGUCUUCCCGCUCGUGCAAAACGCGAUCACCAACCACGCGAUGGACCAGCCGCUUCUGGGUCUUCCGUCGGGCCGGGAUGCUCUCCAUGGGGCGCUCGGUGUCUUCCGGCGCGAUGACCUCGUUGGGUUUGGCGAGAAAUCCGGGCUCACCACCAUGUGCGACAUCCUCUUGGCGCUCGACGAUUUCGAGCUGGUGGUCGUCUUUCUCCGAGACGCCAUUUUUGUGCGCUACGACAUGCCCCUCCGCGAGACAGCGGCGUCGAUUCAUGCAUGCCUCGCGCGGUAUGGCUGGUCGCGACUCGCACCCGCGAUGCACGGGCUCCUGUCUCGCUGGCACCGGACGCCUGCGUUUCGAGCUCCGUCAUGGGAGUACAUGGAUUGCGACAUCACGCCGCGCCUUCUCACAAGCCUUGCGGGCAUCACAACCGAUGCGGUCUGUCCGCCUCUCGAUCAGCCAUUUGUGUGCGAGUUUAUCAAAGGCUGCUACGACCACGCAUUGCGCCGGCCCCGGUUCCGCCCAGACAGCGACAUGGACCCCGAAGAUUUCCGUCGCUUUGCAGCCAAUAUCGUCCUCCUCGAUUGGUACCUCGACGAGCAUGUACCGCAUUCGGUCCAUGGCAACUACCUCAGCGCCUUCUUGCCGCCAAGUAUGCUUCUCGCUGUCGACGCGUUUCUGUAUAUGCGUCAGCCCCGAUCGUCGACGCUACUCGCGGUGAUGAAGAAGCUACCACCGGCAAAAGUGCUCUUGUAUGUCCCCGAAGCGCUCGCCGUGGCUUUGAAAAGCCAGCCAACGAUGGUCGUGGACCCGUACGUGCACGUCAUAGAGAUCGCUUUCGCGCUCUUCGAUGCCGCCAGCGUGCGAUACAAACCGGUUGGAGCCACCAUCUUUGCGAGCCUCGUCGCUGUGCUGGAGCGAGCCGGCCGGUGUGACGCCACUGCAUUUGAAAAGUGCUGGACGCACUUGUUUCCGGCGUCGCUGGCGGGAACGCGGCAGCGGCUGCAAGAACGGACGUCGCCAUUGCCAGACGAUCUGCGCACUUGCAUUGCGGCGCUUGUCGCAGCGCUUGCGCCAACGCUGUCGUCCGAAAAGGACUGGCAACCGACGUACACGGGCUGCUACAAAUCGUGGGUGCAGCCCGGCUUGCUUGCUGUUGAAGUGCUCGCGACCGUUGACCCAGCGCAGGUGCCGGCGCUCUUGCACGACUGGUUCGAAGCCCUGGACCGUGACGCUCCGGUCGCGGAUGCUGACGACACAUUUCGUCGUACUUUGCUUUUUGCGCCCAGGACGCGGUACUUUGUCUGUGGCGCCCGAGACCCGACGCGGGAGCUCUACUAUCCGCUGGCGACGCUGCUGGAAAAGGUUGUGCCGCAGCACGUGGUCGAAAUUGAGCACGUCGUGCAGCGCUGCUUUGCUGUUUUGGGUCGUGUUCGUACUCGGGCACCGCGUCCCGACAUCACCGAUUACGUCUUCAACGACAUUGCCCUCGACGCGGCGCAUUGCGACAUGUGUGCGCGCUUGGCUGCAUUCUUGACCGACGGCACACAGACGCGAUUGCACUUGCCAUUCGGAAAGUCGGUGUGCGAUCGAGGACGCCAAUGUAUCAACGCCAACCAGCACCGCCUCGAGCUGGCCGUUGGCCGCCGUGGGUCGAAUGACUGCGUCAUCAAGUUGCAGCAACAUGGUGGCGUCGACGAGGAUCAACUGGCCGCGCAUGUGAAGGCGCAGCAGGUCGACGCCGACGACCGAGCUCGCAUUGCGGCGCUGGACGUGAUCUUGGCCGAUGCACUGCGUCGAAAGGCACAGAACAAUAGCACCAACGACGACGACGACGACGACGACAAGGCCGUGCAUCACGAUCGCGUCAAGCGCCCGCGACGUACCACCGAUUGA